AAUGGACCAUGGCAUAAAUAGAGGAGUGUAAAAGGCCUUGUAUUGCAAUACCCAAACUAGGAGGGAGUCAAAAAAAAGUGGUUUGAGGACGGUGCUCUCUGUUCUGUCGUUUACUUUGAAAGUCCAUCCGCUCUCUUUCUCUCUCGCCCACUAGUGGCAGAUAUGAGUUCAAAUUUGAAAGUCCACUCGUUUGAGGAGGUUGCAAAUCACAAUCACAAACAGGAUUGCUGGAUUAUCAUCUCUGGAAAGGUGUAUGAUGUAACAUCAUUCUUGGAUGAUCAUCCUGGAGGUGAUGAAGUCUUGCUAACAGCAACUGGGAAAGAUGCAACAGAUGAUUUUGAAGACGUGGGCCACAGUGACUCAGCAAGAGAUAUGUUGAUCGAUUACUUCAUCGGUGAGGUUGACAGCUCCACUCUUCCAGCAAAACAGCAAUAUAAGCCUCCUCCAAAAACAUCAUCAAAUCAGUCACCGGGAAUUUUGAUGAAGAUAUUACAAUUUGUGGUACCCCUCUUAAUCCUUGGAUUAGCAUUUGCUUGGCGGCAAUAUGGAAAAAAAGACUAGGUGAAUCAUUCAGAUAAGCACUGUGUGCAUUGAACCAAACGAGUCUGCAAAACCUAUUCUUGCUUGCCUUACUUCAGUAGUGGUAAAAAAAUUUGAAAUUGGUGUUGUCUUAUUAAGACUUUGUUGUGUCUUAUUUGCCAUCACUAGUUGGUUGUGUAAUGACUUUGGAGUUGAUUAACCUUAUGUCAUGAUUCAUUUUCUUUAUUUCCUAGCUUUGUGUGGUAUUUGGUUUUCUUUUAGGCAGUGGUGGGUGGGGAUGGGGUUAUCCAUUGCAUGGUGGGAAUGUUGCUUUGAGUCGAGCCAACUAAGAGGGGACUCCCUUGCAUGGCCGUCCCUCAAAUUGUGGUUGCUGUUACUCCACGGAAACAAAAACUGGCUGUUAUGUACCGUUGUGUCUUCUGUUAUU